GUGACGUGAAGCAAGAAGGAAACCUCACGGCUUGGAAAAUGGAGGAUAAGCAGUGUGGUGUGUGCAAUGGUGCAAGUACGGAAAAUGCAGUGGAGUGCGAUCGAUGCGAAGGAAUGUUUCAUCUUGCGUGCGUGAACGAAGAUGAAACCGUGUACAGUAGGGAUUGGACAUGCCAUCUGUGCACUCCUGAAACACCGCCCCCCGCUUCAUCUACCCUUCAUCGUGCGACGCCCGUAGUAGCGACCCAACCAGCCCCGGUAGCAGUGGAUACGAACAUAGUGAAUCUGGAACCAUCCACCAGAGCAAGAUCGACGGAAGUGAUCACGCCCGUAUCGAAUCCUCCGAAUGAUCCAUCAAAAGCAAGACCCACUCAAACUGCUGAUUGUCCAUUGGACAAUCUUAGCAGAACCUUCCAACGUUUCUUGGAAGAAGCACGCGAGCCACGCAGGCAAGAGCCUGACGUGAUACAACGGCUCGAAUCCGUGCUAAACACCUUUGUUCAACGGAUGAAUCAAGAACAAAAUCCGCAAGGAUCACGCCGGGACAAUCUAGGAUCUACGGCGUUUUGUUCGAGUGAUACAACCUUGAACAUUAAUCAGAGUCAGAUACUAGCUAGACAUUCCGUCAACGCCCAGCUACCGACGUUCGCCGGUAACCCAGAGGAGUGGUCCGUGUUCGAAAACGCGUUUUAUGAGACGACGGAACUAUGUGGUUUCUCUGACGGAGAAAAUAUUAUAAGGCUGCAACAAGCAUUAAAAGGAGAAGCGUUUAAAACAGUCCAGGGGAGACUCAGGAAAGCAGCUAACCUCAAAGAAGUCAUGCAAGAGCUCAAAUCAUCGUUCGGACGUCCAGAAGUAGUUGUGAAAACGUUGUUGAGCCAGAUUCGACGACAGGUACCCCCGAGAGCAGAAAAGUUGGAGACGCUUGUGCAGUUCGCCGUAUCCGUGGACGAAAUGUGUGCUGCUGUGAGAAACAACGGGGUCGAGGAGCGUUAUGAUGGACCCGUGUUGGAUGAGCUCGUUGGUCGUCUCCCUCCGAUGAUUAAGCUGAUGUGGGGCAUACACAGUCUUACGUUGUCAAAGGUCAACCUGGCUGCAUUCGGAAAGUGGAUGCAAACCAUUAAGCAUGCAGCCCAAGCGGUAACGAGCCCUGCAAAUCUUAUCGAACCACGAUGCAGUAAGUAUUUGCACAUGCAUACUACUAAUCCCUCCUCGCAGAACUCCACAGAAGCCGUUUGUGCAUGCGAUAACGGCUGCGCUCGCUUAUACGAAUGUGACGGAUACUGGCAGAAAAGCGUAGCAGAUCGCUGGGACAUCAUUAAGCGGAACUACUUGUGUAAAUGUUGUUUGAAAAAACAUCGUGCGCCCUGUAAAGAGACGAGAGUAUGCGGCAAAGACGGAUGUACUGUAAAACACCACCCGUCACUACACAAUUCGGCAGGUAAGGGAAGACACGAAGCAAAUUUCUCUCACUCUACAGCCACCGACGAGAACAUACUAUUGCGAUACGUGCCAGUUGAGCUGCAGGCUGUAGGAAAGACGAUCAGAACAGUUGCUUUUCUCGACGAAGGAGCGUCAGUAUCGCUAAUCGAACAUUCGCUAGUUGACGAGCUGGAACUUGAAGGGACAAACCGACCUCUUUGUUUGAAAUGGACUGGAGGACAACAUCGCACUGAACGAGAUUCAAAACAGGUGAGCGUAAAUAUAGUAGGAAUAUCCAGUGGUGCUCAGACCUUUGAAGCCUCUAAUGUACGAACGGUGAAAAGUCUUGGGUUGCCCUCGCAACGCGUUAAAAUGGAUCGUUUACGAACAAAAUAUCAGCAUUUAGCAUCCAUUCCAUUAGCACCAUAUGCUUCUGUACCUCCACGCAUUCUCAUAGGAAUGAAUAACUAUCAUCUCACUGUUCCAUUAAAGACGAUAGAAGGAAAAACAAAUGAACCCGUCGCAACAAAGACGAGGCUAGGAUGGGUAGUUUCGGGUUGCGAUUCGUCGUCAACUUCUAACAACAGCAACAUUUUGGCAUUUCAUCGAGCACAUAUUUGUGAUUGUGCAGAAAUAGAAACCAAAAUUGAUCAAGCUCUAAAAGGUAGUUUUGCGCUCGAAGAACCCACAUGUAAAGGCGGCAUAAACACUCUUUCAAAUGAUGAGGAACGGGCGAGUGUAUUGCUGCGUAAACACACCUCACUACAAGGUGAGAGGUAUGUCACUGGAUUGUUGUGGCGCUAUGAUGACGUAAAACUGCCAAACAAUCGAGCAAUGGCUCUCAAACGCUUGGAAUGUUUAGAACGCCGCAUGGCAAAAGAUGAGCACCUUCGAGAAAUGAUGGACCGAGUGCUGAAAGACCAUGUUGAAAAGGGAUAUAUUAGAAAAUUAUCAAAUGAAGAGCAUAAGUUUAAGCAUCCUAGAAAGUGGUAUCUACCAAUCUUUCCUGUAUUUAACCCCAAUAAACCAAAUAAGGUUAGAGUAGUAUGGGAUGCAGCUGCAACAGUGAAUGGAAUUUCGCUUAAUUCCAUGUUAUUGACUGGGCCAGACCUUCUUUCACCACUGCCGACUGUCCUAAGUCGGUUUAGAGAAUAUCGUGUUGCUAUUGCCGCUGACAUUCAAGAAAUGUACCAUCAGGUUAUGAUUAAAGAAGAGGAUCUGAUUAGCCAAAGAUUCCUAUGGCGAACGGACCGGUCGCAAGUUGAGCCCGAUGAAUAUGUGAUGCUGAGGAUGACCUUUGGGUCAGCCUGUUCACCAACUUCCGCCCAAUUUGUAAAGAAUGUAAACGCGGACCGUUUCGCGGCCCGCUAUCCUCUAGCCGUCGAAUGUAUUAAGCGUCAUCACUACGUCGACGAUAUGCUUGCCAGUAUAGAGAGUGUGACCGAGGCCACGAAGCUAGCACAAGAUGUGAAAUUUAUUCACUCACAAGGAGGAUUCAAGCUUCACAAUUGGAUGUCGAAUUAUGGCCAAGUAUUAGAUGGCGUUGGUAGUAGCAACAGCCGGGAGAAGGAUAUGAACCUCGAUCCAACAGCUUGUACCCAGAAGGUCUUGGGAAUGUGGUGGAACGCAAACGAAGAUACGUUCCAAUUCAAAGUGCCGUUAAAGGAUGUAGAUGUUCUACAAGGGAUCGUGAUACCAACCAAACGGCAAGUACUGAGCACGCUUAUGACAAUCUACGAUCCGUUAGGCUUGAUAGCAGGCUUUUUACUGUUCCUCAAAGUCUUAUUGCAAGAAGUUUGGCGUUCUGGAAUUGGGUGGGACGAUCAAAUACCCAGUUCUCUGCAAGAAAAAUGGAAGGAGUGGUUAACUUGCAUACCCCAUCUGCAAUCUAUCAAGAUUCCGCGAUGUUACCGCACGUCCAUCAGCUUAGAGAACUGCACGACACAGCUUCAUAUUUUUGUAGACGCCGGGAGAGACGGUUUCGCAGCCGUGGCGUACUUCCGAUUCGAAUCCGAAGAUCAACGGGAAGUUGUGUUGAUCGGCGCAAAAACUCGAGUAGCUCCGUUAAAAUAUACAUCGAUUCCCCGAUUAGAGCUGCAAGCUGCAGUAUUGGGAGUUAGACUGAUGACAGGUAUUCAUCAAUCACACCGGAUAAAGAUCCAUAGACGCUUCUUGUGGACCGAUUCAAAAGACGUUUUGUGUUGGCUCAACUCGGAUCAUCGAAAUUAUAGCGUCUACGUAGCUCAUCGAGUAGGCGAAAUAUUAGAAAACUCGUCAGUAAAGGAAUGGCAGUGGGUGCCGACUAAAAACAACGUAGCCGACGAAGGUACAAAAUGGUCCAACCUUAACCGACACUGCACGACCGGAAUGUGGUUUAAAGGACCAGCGUUCCUACAGCAACCGGAAAACGAGUGGCAAGUGCAAAGCUUCAGACCUUCAACUACUGAGGAAGAGUUACGCCAGACGGUUUCAUAUCAUCGUGAAUUAUCCCCAGUAAUUAUCUUUGACAGAUUUUCUGAUUGGAAACGCCUGCAUCGAGCCAUCGCCUACAUGUGGAGGUACAUCAAUAAUUCUCGUCUGCCAAAAAUGUCUCGAUAUUUUGGACCCCUUUCGCAUCUCGAGCUACAACAAGCUGAGCAAUCGAUCAUCAAGGAAGCGCAACGAUUAGAGUUUCCAGAAGAAUAUCAGCUACUUCUGCAUGACAAAUCAGGUACAAAGGGAUCUAAAAUGAUUAACAAGAAAAGUUCUCUUUAUAGACGUAGUGCAUACAUGGACGACGACGGUAUCUUACGAGUACGAGGAAGAAUCGAUGCUUGUCGUUACGCAAGCCAUGACAUGAAGAGGCCAAUUAUUCUUCCCAAAAAAUCCUGGCUCACCGAUCUGAUUGUAACGGAGUACCACUGGAAAUAUAAACAUCAAAAUCAUCAAACCGUAAUGAAUGAAGUGCAGCAAAAGUUCGAUAUUCCUGGCCUACGAAGCGCGUGCCACAGAGUGCGAAACAAUUGCUUUAGAUGUAGCCUUCGUAAAGCUUACCCUAAACCUCCAGUGAUGAAUGAGUUGCCGUUAGCUCGAGUGUCGCCGUACGCCAGACCGUUCUCCUACACAGGGAUAGAUUACUUCGGACCUUUUUUGGUCGCUGUUGGACGGAGACAGGAAAAGCGCUGGGGUGUGCUGUUCACGUGUCUAACAAUACGGGCCAUACACAUAGAGGUGGCUCACAGCUUGAACACCAGCGCUUGCAUCAUCGCUAUUCGCAAUUUUAUCGCACGUAGAGGGACUCCGAUUGAAAUCAGAACUGAUCGUGGGACUAAUUUCGUUGGCGCUGAUCGUGAGUUGAAAGAUGCGGCGAAGCAGAUAAACACCGAGGAGCUGAUAGAUGAAAUGUACCUCCCCGAUACGACGUGGAUAGUCAACCCCCCCGGAGCACCACAUUUCGGUGGUGCAUGGGAGAGAUUAAUCCAAUCAGUUAAACGCACCCUCUCCGGCAUGCAAUUUACCAAAACACCGACAGAUACCGUUUUCGCCAAUUGGUUAAUUGAAGUAGAAAACAUUAUCAACUCUCGCCCACUAACACAUGUAUCGGUUGAUAGUGAGGAAGAAGCCGUGUUAACGCCAAACCAUUUUCUCUUGGGUUCAUCUUCUGGAAUAAAACCAUUAACAUCUCUUGAUGAUUCUUCCGCAGCCCUCAGGAACAACUGGAAGAUGUCACAACUGUACGCAGAUCAAUUUUGGAAAAAAUGGUUAGCUUCUUAUCUGCCUACGCUCACCCGUCGCAGCAAAUGGUUUGAGACCCAGCCGCCAUUGCAAUUAGGAGACCUCGUGCUGAUUGUCGAUGACGCCCUACCAAGAGGAUGCUGGCCUAAGGGAAGAAUCGUACAGCUCGUACCUUCGAAGGACGGAACAACUCGGCGUGUGCACGUACAGCUUGCGAACAAAAAGAUUAUAGAGAGACCGGUAGUAAAAAUCGCUGUAAUAAACGUAGAACCGCACGAAAGAGUUUAACGCAGUCAAACACCGGGGCCAGUGUUGUCCAACAGCGGUUCUAGUUUGACAGAUGCGUUGUGGUGAAGUGAGAGAGAGGGACAGGUAGCACAGGCGAAACAAACACGGGCGAAAUAGAGAGAGUAGGAAUGGUUCAUCCCGAAGGAGCUUCGCGUGCAACGGAUGAACCUGCGCAAAUUAAGUGGAAUGACCGCAAUCGGUUUUGCGUGAAGUUUUAAAACGGGCACGAAGACGAAAAUCGACCUCUUUCUACCAUCGCGCCAAGAGAAGAAAGUUCAGUGAAUUUUUAAUACAGUUUAAUGAAAUUAAGUGAAUUAAGAAAACUGAUGUUUCAACUUUAAAUUCGCGAAAGAAAGAGCUUUGUUGCUGGACGCAACAGUUAUGUUCUGCUAAUGAUAUUGCACUGAAUUUAAUUGCACUAAAUUAAGUUUUUACAUAUCUUUCGUAAAAGUUCGUCAGAGUAUGAAAAUGUCGAUACAAUUUGUCAUGAAUAACUUAAAUUUUAAGAUUUUCGCGCAUAAAAUUAUGACGCGCGCUGUGUGUGCAGCGGCGUAAUUCACUACUCGUAUAGCCGUCUCGCUUCUUCUUGUGUGUCCUUUACCGUUGCUCACCGCUUCAAGAACAUUGCUGCUCACACACACGUCAGUCUGUGGCAAACAAUUGGAGGGGGAGGAUGUGUCGGUUUGCUCCAGAAAUCGUGUGUGAUUUUGGUGUUCCGGAUUUGGUUCCAUCGCUGUUUGUUUUGGUGGUAUUGUAAAGGUAAGAAUCAUCAACCGAUGUAAAAGUGUGAGAGUAAGAUGAUGCUGAUGGUGACUGAUGCUUUUCUUUGUUUCUUUUCCUGCUUUCAUCCACUGAUGGCGUCGAGCAUCGCCGAGGAUGUGAUCGAAUGCGGAAAAUUCUAAACGAGGAGCUUCAUUCCGGAUUUUGUUUGCAAUAAGCGCUGAAAUCAUCCUCCACCUUACAACGAACGGUCAACGGAUGAGGAAGGAGAGGAGGGACGGCAAAGGUACACGCACAAACGUGCACACAUCAGCCUUCUCUGUGAACGAGAACACGGGAGGGGGAGG